UGUUCUUCAGUGCGCUCACUCCUUCUCCGCUGUGCCACUGUCAUCACCCCACCUCUGAGACAGUGUCUCCAGCCUCUUAGUUUGUCAUAUUUUAGCAUUUAAGCCUACCAUGAGUGAAAUAGUUUUGCUUUUUAUCCACGGAGCUUUGGCAAAAUUAACUAAAGGUGCACUCUGCCUUUGUUCGGAUAUCUUUUUAAAUAUUAACAAGUUGUCAUGUCAUUCCUGACUGGAGGAGGAGGAGGAGAGAGAUUCCCUGCCUCGGUGAGAGGAACACACUGGACUCAGAGCUCAGAAGUACAGCAUCACUGUGAGUCCGUCGGCUUUUAUGCAAGUAUUACCGGGAAAGAGUGCCAACCCAAGGAGCGCCCUACUCCUGAGGGUGCCGGAGGAUACAGAGGCGACCCACAUCGGAAUAUGUGCCAGAGAGCGGACGCUGUCCCGUCAUACAAGUCUCUCUCUGGAACCAUCGGAGACCGCAUCAGGAGUACUAUGUCCUCUGGUAGUGGGACUAUAUGCAGAGGCGCUAUGUCCGCCAAUCCUGGCUUUGGGAGGUCUGAUCGGAAAGUUGCGUGUUGUGAGAAGUGCUCAGCGACCCUUGUUGCUCUCAAGAAACAAGCUCUGAGCCUGGCUGUUCACCAUCACUUCUCCUGCAAGGACUCUGGUGACCUGUCUGCGUUUCUUCAUGACAACCUUCGCGUCCAUAGUCGGUCCACCAACGACUCCAGGGAGAGAGAGAGGGAGCCGGGCGAGUGUGGUGCCUGUGGCGUGAACCUGAACCAGCUCAAACAAGAGGCCGUCCACUUGGCUCUGAGCAGGGGUCAGUCAUUAGCUAAGCCUCCCUUUGAACCCAGCUUUAGCACUGGUACACUGCUGGGACAAAGUGAGACAAAGCAUGGAGACAGAGCUCCGAGGGAAGCUGCCACUGCUGUGCAUCAACCACGCAGUCGCACCCACAGUCCUCACAGCCCAAGAAGCCCGAGGACGCCACAGAGGACCCCUCAAACCCUCAGACGGAGGGGCCCCAAGCUCCCCAACCCCAAUAUGGACCGCUGGGUAGAAGAGCAGCAGCAGCUGGUCGCUUCUAAAUCUACGUAUCCUGAUGGUGUCACCAUGUACCCUAACCAUAAGGUUCCAGAUGAUGCUGCGCUGGGAUGUGGUGACAUCGGGACCGUGCAGACGAGUUCAAAGAUCCCUCACAUAUCCAGAGUGGUGACCAUCGCCAACACUGCUGCGAUGUCCCUUUUAGCCAGGGCAGCCGAGAAGCUCAAUCUGACGUUGAGGAAAAAAGGCCAGGCUUCUGAUCCAGCUCCCGCUCAUUUCUCCACCUGCUUCAGGGAGAUGAUCCAGAAAAACCCGCUGCCCGUCCCCUCCUGCCUGCUUCAAGCUGCCACUAGGACCAAAGACUCACCUGGUGUUGGCAAGGUCAAAGUCGUGCUGAGGGUGAGCCCAACGCUGUCAGUGGGCCAAGGCCAACCACCUGUUCUCCGGUUUGACUCGUCCAAGAAAAGAGUGACCAUAAUGGAACCAGUCAGCAAAAGCCAACCACACGCUACAAUGACACUAGGCAGAGAGGGCAAAAGUCUUCUGAAGACCUUCAACUUUGACGCUGCCUAUCCUCAAGAGUCAAGCCAGGCUGAGGUGUGUGCGGGCAUCUUGGCUGAUGUCAUCCGCUGUGUGCUCAGCGGCAGCGAUGGAUGUGUUCUGGGUUUGGGAUGUGCUGAUGUGGGCUCCUGGUCCAGCAUGGUGGGGAGCAGUGAUAGCAUCCAGAAGCUCGGUCUGGUUCCCUGUGCCAUCUCCUGGCUGUACAGCGCCAUCGAGCGGCGGAGAGAGAAGACCUGGACCGAUCUGACUGUAUCAGUGUCUGCUAUAGAGCUCUGCUGCGGAGAGGAGGACACGCUGAGGGAUCUGCUGGGGGAGGUCGUUCCCUCAUUAGGCAGUAUCCAGGACAGCCCAAAAGCCCAUAUUAGACUCCAAGAGGACCCUGUCUAUGGGAUACAGCUACGUAACCACAACCGGGUGAAGGCCCCCACUGCUGAGCGGGCUGCUUCCCUCCUGGACGCGGCCAUUGCAGCGCGUCGGCACAGUGACUUCGUUACGUACCUGUCCCACAGCUCCAUAAUGUUCUUCACUCUCCACAUCCAGCCCCCUCGUACAGAGAGCAGCACCAUUGGCAAAGGUUCACGUGGACCCACUAAGUUAACCAUGAUAGAUGUGUGUAGUGGUAUAAGGGGUAUGACCACGAAUAAACCUCCAUAUUCUGAACUGGGCCCUGUUGUCUUGUCUCUACUAAGUGGACAUAAAACCCUUCCCAGCAAGGGUAGUAAGUUGACUAUGCUCCUUCGAGAGGCCUUGGGUCAUGUAAACUGCCAUACCACAGUGAUGGCCCAGGUUGAUGAUUCACUGGCGCACCUUCAAGAGACCUUAUCCACCAUCCAGAUGGCUUCUCGGAUCCGCAGGACGCAGAAAAGAACGAAGCAGUCAACUUCAUGUUCUCCUUGCGGGAGGAGUUUGACUAAAGAAAAGAGAGGGCCUCCGUCUUUGUCCCUGCGGGCGUUCCACUCCACCGAUGAGGUAGAUGUCGACAUCCCUCGUUUCCGUUUGCGUGGUGAACUGGAUGAGCGCUCCAGUAGUGACCAGUCCUGUGACACAGUCAUCCAAAUAGACUCGGAUGGCUUGUACCAGCCCAAAGUAAACUCAAUAAUGGCACAACCUGAAUUUGUGCCCAUCAUACCCUCUUUGCAUCCUAACAAGGCUGACAUGGAUGACCCAGAGUUUACCGCUCUGCUCCAAGAGCUUCUGUUAAUACCUCAGCUGCAGGGAGAGAAGAACGAGGAAACUGUUCAAGGGAAUGUUGAAGUGCUGAAAGCAGACAUCAAGCAGCCAGGGAGGGACUGUCUUAAAUGUGACACAUUUGCUGAGCUUCAGGAGCGUUUGGGCUGUAUCGAUGGAAGUGAGGCAACGAUGGAUAUGCUCAAGUCUUCCCUAAAAGGCCCUUCUGCUAACAUUAUCACAGCCAAAUCACAACCCCAGAAAGAAACAGGCAAACAGACAGACACCGAAUCAUCAGAGGCACCACAGACCUCUGUCGGAGAAAAGCAAACAGAUGGUGCCUUCCCUGGAGACAGUUUUCAGAGAGAGGAUUCAGGUCUGUAUGACUGUGAGGAGUGCAGCGCAACCAGUUCAAACGAGGAACUGCUGAAUCAAACUCUCAGUCUUAACAUGACCUGUCGCUCUGAGCUGCCCAAAAAUGGAACUCGUAAGUCAGUUGAUAGGCUCUCUUCUCAGGACUUUAAUGUGAAUGCUCAGGGCAUGAACGUUACCAGUUCCCCUGCACUUCAGCCUACAGGUAAACAGGAGAGUCCUGAAGCUGCUGAUUGGUUCAAACCAGGCAAAAGGACCUCACCAGUUGGCAAGAGCUCCCCCAUAUCUCCUACGUCCUCCUGCUCCUCUUCACACUCCCUGGCUACCAGUGUUAUACUUGGAGAUGUCUUAGCUAAAUGCCCCGCAGAGGACGUUAAGGAAAUGAAGGCCACUAUCACAGUAACUGUUCAACAGCCACUGGACCUGAAGGGUCAAGAUGAACUUGUCUUCUCUAUGGUGGAAGAGGUGACCAUCAGUGGGACAUUGGACAGAGGGAGGACAGGUGGAAACAUUAUUUGUAUCAGAGACACUGCUCAAUCACAGGCACAUGUGCAAGGCCCUGCCACCUCUCAGCCAAUCCAGAUAAUCAGCAAUGUCAGCGAAGAAUCUAUAGCCGCAGGUUCCUCUAAUACAAACAAAAGCUCUGUGGCUCAAUCUGUAGCUACAUGGGCUAGCGCUGACACACAUCAAUUCAGAAGGGAAAAUAGGUUCUUACCUUCAUUUAUAAAUCCAAUGCUAAUUAAUACAGAUAUGGAUUGUAAAUUUGAUGAGGUGAAAGAAAAAGAAAGUCUUUGUGACACUUUAACAGGAGUCAAGUCGCAGUCUGAGCUCAGACGGAAUAAUGUCAAAUGUCCAGAAGAUGGGAUGGGUCUUGAGAAGAGGAGUGGGGCUUUUGCUUCUAAGACGCAUGCCAAAAAGCCUGACAAAGUAUAUGAUUCACCUUUUAGCCAAAGUUCUCAUAACCCAAUGGUCUUGGAAGAUUCAGCUUUCUGCGAUGAAACUGCAGAAAACAAAAUGUGUGGAAAGAGACUGAGAAAUUCAGACAAGAACCACCCUAGAGACAGGGAGCACGUUUAUUCCACUAACACACCAAAUGGCUCAGAGGGGAGAGAAAUUGGCUCCAGACGUGUUGGGAAUGCCCCCAAGAGAAUUGGUGUUUCGCCUGGUUGCCAGGACACCGCCCCUGCUUCCUUUAAAACAGGUAGUUUGCCUAGAGGCUGGCAAAAUGCCAACCACCAGGACAGUUACCAUGGCGGUCACAUGGCAGACAACCACAGAGACCCAAGGGGGUUGACAUCAUCCACCCCGUGUAGCCCAAGAGUAACUCUAGAGAGGGGGCAGGGCAGACAGCACUCCCCAGCGAACCACAGCCUCUAUGUCUCCUCUCCUCGGAAAUAUGGAACAGAGUACAAACAGCAUGCUAGUAGUACUCAUAGAAAGAGUGUUGAAUCGUUGUUGGAGACCUCAGGUGUAAGAGUGAAACAUGAUCAUAUGAGUGGGAGGCCGAAGUCACCUAUUGAGGAUAGUAGCAGGCUUUUCAGUGCCAAACUAGAGCAGCUGGCUACCAGGACUAAUUCCCUUGGGAGAACGCCAAGGGACUUCCCAACUCUGGAUAGAGGCAGUAGUAACACCUCCAUGAACUCUAAGAGGAGCCCCAAUGGAAGUAUUGAAGGGGCUUGUCAGGGAGGAUAUAAAGGAAGUAAUGAGGGAGAUUGUACCUUACCGAGGGCUAGCAGGAGCCCCAGGAAGCAUCCUCGGUCUGACCAGAGUCAUCAUUUUUCUGAAAACCCUGUAACUCAGUCUGCUAGGCAUACCCAUUCCAAGCUCUCUGCUGUUGGGAAACUUAAGAUGGCCCGACCCAAAGUUCGUCGACUGUCUGUCCCCAGCACCAAGAACCUCAGUCUCCACCACAAAGGCCUGCAGCAGUCCAUCAACCGCAGUGCCAGUCUUUCUCCAGACAGUAAAACUGUUAGCUUUGAGCGGACAUCCUCCUUUCUCUCCUCAUCCCCUCCCAUGUCUUAUCACUCCAUCAGUCGGACUCCGAGCCAGAGCUCCACAUGUUCAUCCACAAAAUCUGCCAUCCAGGGGUUUUUCAAUGGCCGGAUCUCAGACCUCCUUAAGGAAAGAACCUCCAGCACCUCUUCAGACGGACCGGACCAAAUGACCACACUUCCCUCACCAUACAGCCGGGUGACUGCUCCCCGCAUGCCUGAUCACCUGAGUGGGCACGCGAGUGACACCACCAGUGUGUUGAGUGGAGAUUUGCCACCAGCUAUGGGGAAGACAUCCCUGAACUUCUCUAACAGGAACAGUAUGGUGAGCAGUGGAUAUGACAGCAUGGUGAGGGACAGCGAGGCCACAGGCAGCACCAUCUCAAACAGAGAUUCUGUCAGCGACAGGAGCAGCUCUCUUCUCAGCGUGGCUCGAAGCAGCCGAUCAGCACGGAGGAGAGGCAACACAGGUACUCACCAGCGCCGUCUUUCCCAUGAUACACCGCUGUCCCUGAGACGCUCGGCUAGUGGUCUGCGGUCUGGCUGGGUGGAUCGGGGAAUCCCGGAGGCCUACGAGAUCAAGGUCUAUGAGAUCGACAAUGUGCAGAGGAUGCAGAAAAGAGCAGGUGCUGGCAAACAGGGGCCUGCGUGCUUCAGUGCCAAGCUGAAGUUUUUGGAGCACCGUCAGCAGAGGAUCUCCGAGGUCCGGGCCAAAUACACCAACCUGAGGAGAGAGCUAGAGCGGGCCAAACACAACCUCAUGCUGGAGCCCGCCAAGUGGAACCAAGAGUUCGACCUGUGGCAGACCUUCGAGGUGGACUCCCUGGAGCAUCUGGAGGCCCUGGAAGUGGUGACGGCCCGGCUGGAGAACAGGCUCAACCUCUGCAGGGCCAACGUCAUGAUGGUCACCUGUUUCGACGCCGGCACCAGGAGACGCCAUAAGAAGCGACGGCGGAGAGCGCCAGAGCAGAGAGCCUUGAAGGGAAUCUGAGUUGAAUAAUAGUAAGAAUUGGUUAAAUGAGGGUAACAGGGGGAGCACCCGUCUCUUUUUCCUCAGGCUCUCAUGUUUGGACUAGUACACCUGGCUAUCUAUUACUGACAUUUUUUUGGAUGAUAAAUUCACAUCUCUGUGUGUGUGUGUGUGUGUGUGUGCAUCUGCCACACACUUUAUGUCAAUGCACACUUUAUGUUUUCAACUACCACGUUACCUCUGGUCCCUUUGAAUUAACCAGGUGCUACAGAUUGGAGUCUUGUACAAUAACAUCUUAACCUGCCUUCACAUGGAGGUCAGGGGUCAGAGCCAGUGGCAGGGCUUAAGUCCUACAGCUGGCAGGGACUCUUCAGCCACCUACAAAGGGCUCAUACUUGCUACAAUGCAAUUUGUAAACAUUCUUUCUGACACAUUUUGGAUAUUCUCUGUAAGCCGCCAUUUAUCACACUACAGAUAUGCAAGUUCUCUAUUUGUCCUUUUAAUAACCUUUAAAAAA